UGUGGUGGAUGUUAGAGCGCAUCGUUUUCGUGCCAUCGACGAUCGCCGCUCUAAGGGAGAGCUCACCUACUCGGUUUGGAGUCAACAUGGUGGUCAACGUGAAGCGACAUCAAUGUUUGGAAUCGAUCCAAAAACGGGUGUCAUACAUCUGAGGCGUCCACUUGACUAUGACGAUCCGUCACUGCCGAAAUUACAUAAACUCAUCGGUGAGUCAUCUCCUCCUUCCUUUAAGCCUCCUUAA